CGGCAGCUGAGGCGCAGCCCCGCAACCCUGCCCGGCUCCCCGGGGGGCUCCGGGCGGCCUGACCGGCUGCGGGCCGCGCUGGGGCCGGCACGGAGCGCCGCGGGCACCCCAGCUCCUGUGCUGGGCUUCAUCUUCCCCUCGGGACUGGAAAAAAACAACAAACGAACCCGGUCAGAGCUGUAAAACUGAGGGAUUAUUUUCACCGUAGCCAGUGGACUUUGAAUACAAGACGUUGCAUGUCAAUACGAAUGCAGUAAAAAACAGAAAAACGAUGAUACACAAAGUACAUCUGUUGAUUCGUUGAGCUCGAAGGAUGAUUCUGAAGAGAAAAAUGAGUUUCAUACAUUGGCUAAUGCUAAAAUACUCCUUAGCGACUGCCUAGCGUGUGACAACUGCAUGACAUCAGAAGAAGGAGACAGAGUUUUCCAACAGAAUCAGAAGGAGCUCUUUCGUAUUCUUAACCUUAAUAAGAAAUGUGAUACCUCAAAACACAAGGUGUUGGCAGUGUCUGUAUGUCCUCAGUCUUUGCCUUAUUUUGCUGCUAAAUUCAAUCUCUCCGUGAAUGAUGCAGCCAAGAGACUCUGUGGUUUCCUCAAAAGUCUUGGGGUUCAUUAUGUAUUUGACACCACUAUAGCUGCUGAUUUCAGUGUCCUGGAGAGCCAGAGAGAAUUUGUGCAGCGAUACCAACGGAGAAACCAGGAGGAGCAUGCCUUACCAAUGUUUGCCUCUGCUUGUCCUGGUUGGAUCCGAUAUGCUGAAAGGGUCCUUACCAAUCUUGUCACCUCUCACAUUUGCACUGCAAAGUCUCCACAGCAGAUCAUGGGCUCCCUGGUGAAGGGCUACUUUGCCAGGCAGAAGAACUUGUCUCCUGAUAAAAUUUUCCAUGUGGUUGUGGCGCCUUGUUAUGACAAAAAGCUGGAAGCCUUGCGGGAAGACUUCUACAUGGCCUUGUACAAUUCACAAGAAGUUGAUUGUGUCCUGACAUCAGGUGAGAUUGUCCAAAUAAUGGAACAGAAAAAUGUGUCAAUGAAAGAUGUGACUGAAGUACCUGUAGAUAGUUUGUUUGAUGAAAUAAAGGAAGGAGAUGUAGUAAGGCAUGAUGGGAAGAGAUCUGAUGGUUACCUGGAGCACAUUUUUAAACAUGCUGCAAAGGAGCUUUUUGGAAUGGAUGUCAAAGAAAUCACCUACAAAGCAUUAAAGAACAAGGACUUUCAAGAAGUUACCCUUGAAAAGGAUGGGGAGACAGUGCUGCGUUUUGCAGCAGCUUAUGGCUUUAGAAAUAUCCAAAACAUGGUUCUGAAGUUGAAAAAAGGAAAGUUUUUAUACCAUUUUGUGGAAGUCCUUGCCUGCCCAGGAGGGUGCCUAAAUGGAAAAGGUCAGGCACAAACUGAAGAUGGAAAACCAGAUAAAGCACUGCUUCACCAGAUGGAAGAAGUGUAUGCUGCAAUACCUGUGAGACUUCCAGAAACCAACAUCCAUGUACAAAAGAUGUACCAGGACUGGCUGGAAGGCAUGGACUCUAAGAAGGUUCAAGAAACUUUGCACACCAAAUACAGUGCAGUCAAUCCAACAGCCAGCAAUCUGGAUAUUAAAUGGUAACGCAUCAAACUUGCAGAAGAUUUGCUUAGGUUAGGUACAGAUUCAGCACUGGAACAUUCUAUGCAACCGCAGAUGCUAUGCACGAGCUGAGUGUAUGAGUGAGGUGCUUCCUCCAUGUGAGUUCUUUCUUGGGAAGAACCAUUGCUUUGGAAAAAAAAAAAAAAGUCUGGGAAAGUCCUGGUUCCUGCCAUUGUCCUUGACCUGUGAUGGAUGGCUUGACUCAAAACCGAUCUUGCAAGGUACGUCAGCACGUUCUGCUGGGGCAGGGAGUGUGGUUCCUGAUGAAGUUACUCCCUGAAAUGAAGAGUUCCCUUCAUGUCACAAAAUGGGCUCCCCCAAGAAGGUGAGGUGACUUUACUCCUAGGUAUGCAAUCCCUCCCACCAUGGGGAAACAGUCCUCAUGACUUUUCAAUAUUAUUGUUGUUGUGAAGUAACCUGAGAUUUUCUUGCCUUGUUAACAAAAAGCCCUUAAAAGGGCCAAGUGUGUUUAUGGAGAAGUGUAAUGAAUUUAUGAAUGCCUUCUAUCCAGAUUGUAAUAGAAAUUACUCAGUUCCAAACUGGAGUCACCAUUCCUUACCAAUGUAGUAUUUUGUGAGGAACAGGAAGCUUCAUAGAAACCGAACUUGAGAAACUAAUGCUAAUGGUUAUGACUCAGUCCUUCGUUAAGAAUAGUUCCAAAUUGGUUGGUUGGCUGGUACAAAACCAGAACUUAUUCUUUCCUUGCAAGUUUUCUUAGAAACUUGCAGCUAGGAGGGUUGGUGCUGCAGACUCCGUCCAGCUUCCUGGUGAGAAUGAAACAUGCACAGGCACUGUCACUUGAGUAUGGCACACCACAGCUUCACUAGAUUUGCUGGGCCAGACUUAACAGAACUUCCAUUCUCUCAUAUUUCUGUACACAAAAUACCAGAUUGUCCUUUCAUUUAUCUCCAUGUUGACAGACUUCUGUAAAAAUAACUCAGUGGAGUGCCUCUGAAAAAAAACAUUAGCAAUGCUUUUGAGCUCAUCAAAGUGAUUAGACACUGGCAUCGUGAAUUUGGGUGCACUUAUUUUUUUUAAGUGUGCUGAAGAGGUUUCAUGUCACAGACAUCUUAAAAUGGUAUUUGCAUGCAAGCUUUGCUGUAACUUCGUGGGUUGUCAGAGGGUUAUUUGAGAAUGUGAUGGACAUCCAAAAAAAAACUACUGCCAAACUACUCCAGAUUUUCCUAGUAGCAUCAGAUUUGUUCAUGAUGAAUGGCUACUUGAAGCUAGCCAAGCCUCAGCUUUCAUUUUCUAGUCCAAAAGUUUGGAUGGGCUUUUGUAAAUUAUUUCAGGCAGUGUUUGAAUGAUCCUUCUUGUAAAUUUUUUAAUAUUACAACCGCUUGUUGUGAGUCAGAUCUAAUGCUGCAAAAACCUGUGUUUGAAAUCUGCUUUUGACUUGAACACAGUGGAUAGGAUGAAGGCAUCAGUGAGGUCAGUGCAAGUUCUUGAAUUGGCUGAACAACAGAGGCUCAGAAGGGGAGAGACAGACUUAAAUAUGUUACCCUGAUGACAAGAGAGGGCUCUCUUAAUGAGAAGCUGCUAAUAGAAUUGCAGCUUUCAGUUGGAUCUCCAGCUAAAUCACAAAACAUUUCACUUCGAGGGAUGUUUUCUUUCAUGUGCAAAUGAAUUUGAUUACUGUGCUACCCAAAGGCACAGAAUGAGAUUAUACCCGUAAAUUAGCCUUUGUAAUUGUUCCUUGUUAUAAUAAAAACAUACUUGCGUGGUGCAAUAUCAGAACAUCUACAGAAAUCUACCUCUGUACAGGAAGGAAGUCCAGAAACUGUGGGAAGACCGAUGUAUAGCUAAAACUUUAAUAAAUGUCUGCUAAAGAAAGAUGUUGGUGUUGCAUGACAUUUCUGAACAGAGCACUUCUAGAAGCAACAUCCAGCUCCUUUGGUCUUGAUUUCCUUUCUCUCUCAUGAUUUCCUCCAAAAACUUAAACAGAAUUAUCUUGUAAUAAAGUGGUCUUGUUCUGUUUGUAUAAGCAAAUGUUUCUCUGUAUAUAUGGUUUAUAGUUGGAUGGCAUGUUUAAAUUAUAUUGCUUCAGCUCCUUGUGUAGUGUGCUGCUUUUUGUGUGCUUAUGCUGGGUGAAAUGGUACGAAAGGUUGUUGGUUUGCUUUCCUGAUGAAAUCUUCACUAGCCUACACAAGAGCUGCCUUGCUGUUCUGAAAGGAUUCCCUGGAAUUUUUCCUACAAUUAGAAAAUGCUGCUCUGGUGUAGGUGGCAUUGCUGUUCAUGUUCUUCUUUGCCAUUGUGCUGCUGCAAAGAGGAGCUGGUGGGACUCCCUGGGGUAGGGAUGGAUCAGGAGGUGCAAGAAAUCUGCCUGCACCAUCCUGUGCUGUGCUCCCCCUGUAAGGGAGAUGGGGGCUCAGUGCAAAAAAGGAACUUCCAGUUGAAUCUACCAUUUCUGCCAUUGGCUCAAGUGUUUCAACCUAGUGAGAUAGUAGCAAUGUAAAAAUCUAGUAGAUUAUUUGUCUGCCACAGUUUUAUUUUUAAAGAUGAGGAAGGCAUCUAACUGGGCAGCUUUUGGUGGCUGGUGGAAUGUAUAGUAACUACUGACUUACAGUGACUGAUACUUGUUUGUUGGGGUUUUUUGGUCAGCCUUUGUUUUAUAAGUAUUUUUGAGAGUAAAACUGAUUUUACAUUUUUAAAGCUCUUUUCUUUAAAGUGCCAGUUUAAAAGAAAAAGGGUUUUUUCCUUUAACUGUAGUAGUCUUUCCCCCUCCACCUCCUUUCACUGAAAUUUGAACAUGUUUCAGAAAACCUUGUUGCAACUUCAUGUAUGGUGAAAUAUUCCCCUAAGGUUUGAUCCUGGCUUUUAAAUCUACAGCUGAGAAGUCUGUCCUUGCUGUCAGUGUUUUUCUAGCCACACUUUCUGAAACUACAGCAUUAUUACUUCCGUGAGACAAUUUUGGAAACUAAAUUUCCAUUGCUACUGCCUUUUCAGCAAUGGGAAGAGUCCCCAGUGUGGUCACAGCCAUCAUGCAUUACUUCUCAGUUGAAUGUUGUGCUGAGACCAUCGUGUCUCUGGGUGGUUUUUAGAAAAGCCUCAUUUGGAGGGAUUAUGGGAAAGCAACUGGAAAUAGUAAAUGAAUUUGGAAAUUGUGUUGGGGUGUUCCUGACUUGAGCAUAUCAAGUGCUUGAUGCCUUGGGCUGUAGGACUUUACUCUGAGAUGCUGCAGUGAGGGGUGCACGUGAAGUACUUGUGCUCUGCCUGCCAGGUUUCCCUCAGCCACAGCACCUUGUAUUUGAUCAUGUGGGUAAAGGACAUGGGCAGGUGUGGGCUGUGCUUCCCUUGAGGGCAGGUGGUGUCUCUGUGUGCAGCAGUCUCAACUGGGAUAGAUUUGGACAAUGUUCAGUUACCUACAUUUUGGUGCUUUGUAUUCAAAUAGAGCAUGACCAUGAGCUGACCUGAAUAAAUCUUGAUACUGAA